AUGAUCUCAAAUUCGUCUCCCUACGCAUCACCCAGGCCUGUCAUGCCACGAAAGUCCCACCGCAAAUCGCGGGAUGGGUGUAGGACCUACUCGGAAAGAGGGCUAAUCGGAUCUCAGUGCGAUGAGAUGAAGCCUGAGUGCUCGAACUGCCUCAACCAUUCGGUUCAGUGCGUGUAUGGCCCCUCCUUAAAGGACGCCCACUCAGCGACGGCGACCACCCGGAAGAAUCCAAGAGCCAGAGCAGAGCUUCCAGGAAUCAACAAUUUCAAGAUACAAUUUGUGGAAUUCAAUUACGUGAACGUCUCUGCUGCCCCUUCUGCCCCCUCUGCCAGUCUGGCCGAAGAAACCCUUCGUGUGUCCUUGUCCACGGAGUCCACAGAUCCGGCGUUCUGCCUGGAAGAUUUCGAGCUCCAGCACUUUUUUCUCUCUUCAACAUGCCUGAGCCUAAUGGAAGACGCCCCAAGCCUCUCCUUUUGGCAGUCCGUGGUUCCGCGCAUGGGAUUCAAGGUUCCGCUGGUUCAUCACUUGAUGCUCGCGCUGGCCUGUCUCCAUCUGGCCCGGAGCCCGGAGCCGGAGUCUCGCCGCAAUUGCAAUCGCUGUCCCUUGCGCUUUGACUACCACUAUGGAACUGGCCUGCAGCUGCUGUCCACCGCGCUGUCUCAACCCCAAGCCCUCACACAUCCCAGCGCCGACGCGGUCUGGAUCGGGUCCAUUCUCGUGUGUUUCAUCAGCCUGGCCCGCGGGCCCCGAGCCGGGGAGUUUCUGUUCUUCAACCGCGGCGGGGCCGGCCCCGUCGAGUGGCUUGCGCUGCUGCGCGGGGUCGACACCAUCUCCACCAUGCUGCAGAAGGGGCGUGCCCCCUCCAACGAAGAGCAGUCCCAAGAUCUGUCCGAAGGAGGACAUCCUUCCCACUGUUCCGCCGCUGCUAGGCAACACUGCGCCGGGUGGCAAGAAGCCCUCACCCGGGUGUGCGCGUUUACCGAAGAGCGGGCGGCCGCAGAUCCCUUGCUGCCGAUAUACAGAAUGGCCAUGGACCAUACUCUACGAGCCUUUCGAUCGGCAUUUUCCGGUGGCGGGAGUGUGGAUUGCCCUGGCCCUGGGCGUCCGGCGGCAACUGCCAUGCAACCGGAGCCAUUUGGGUUCGUCCUGUGCACGUGGGUGACGCAGUUGGAGGAGCCGUUCUGGACAGCGUUGCAGGCGAAACAGCCCGUGCCGCUGGUGCUUCUCGCGCAUUUUGCGGUCCUCAUGUAUCGGAAGGACGGAACCUGGGUCUCGCACGGAUGGCCGGCGCAUAUCUUACGGGGGAUAUGGACUUUUCUGGGGGAAGAUGAUCGGGCGUUGGUUCGAUGGCCGAUUGAUGAGAUUCGGAUACUGGAUUUGUGAAUUACAUUGAGGGGUCCUUUG